AUGACUUCGGACAAUCAAAGCAACGACUUUGGCAGACGUUACCAGACACUGCCUUCGUCCGCUAUCGUCCGCCCAUCACCAGCAAGAAGAGCUAGGGCCACCAUUCCGUCCAACUCGCCGUAUAUAUGCGAGGAAAGCGUUCACUAUCCGGUUUUCAAUCCUUUGGACCCUAGACACAACCCAACAGUUCCUACAUCAUCGUGGCUCGACGAUGACUACCCUCAAGAAGCGCCCGUUGACCCGGACUCUGAGGGUUGGAUGCAAAGUUUCUCCAGGAGGUCCAUCCGUAAAGCGCGUUCCGGGCUUCUAGCUCUCAGGUCGGGGAUGCAGAGGCGUCCUCUCAUGGUUGUCCCCCGUCGCAAUGCCGAAAUGCCGAGGCCUUCUCCCUGGCCGCAGGACCAUUCUGACCAGAAAGAGAAUAUUUUCCCGUCAACGGUAUCGGAAGCAAGUACCGAAGAAGAUAUCGAGUUUGGGUCUCACCUGCAUCGAACCAAAUGCAAAUCUUCUCCUUUGACCCAUGGUCAGGAUAGACCUAUACCCAGAUCGCGAUUCUCGACGACUUUGGCCGAUCUCUCACCUUUUGCCAGAAGAAGCGAAGAUACGACUGAUUUACCUAGUCCAGCUCUCAUGGAGAGUGUAUCUAAUACCCGCGUGCAUGAAUCAGCUAGUGAGAAUACAGAACAGUCAACAAAGUUCAAUGUACCUUCUAUAACACGUGAAGUCGAAACUGGAGAUCGCACCCCCGCCGUUGACGCUACAGAAUCCAGUGCAGAAAACUCUAGGUCUAGCAAUUUCCCCAGGAACUCCGCCUGCUCUGAUCUUUCGGGUGCCACGGCUGCAGAGACUGCAGGUCUUGCUCACACGUCCAGCAAUGUCGACAAGUCGAAGACUGGUCGUGUUGACAGAAGUACGGCCUACUCAAGCUGUGUAGCACAACCCUCGCUUGACAGGAGCUCAUCAGAGUCAAGCAGCUCCUUUGCCCAUGAGGCUAGAAAAGUUCUUCGUAAAGAAGACGUAGUGGUGCCCGCACGCCCUCAGGAGUCACAUGUCGUCGAAGUGAACGACAUUGAUUUGAUUAUGGACACACUUGGAGCCUUAGAUCGUCUCAGCACUCAAGAUAGCCCUAACGGACUAAUACAGGAUCUAUGUAUCCGUGUCGCUCGUCUGGCACCGAAAGAGAGCCGCGUCGGAGCAAUGGAGAAGCCCAGGCCAAUGUGGGGAUCUUGCAAUAUCAGGAUUCAGGUGCAAAGUGGUGAUUGGAGUCGCAGCCUGUCCCCUGUCCCCGAAAGCGUCGAUUUGGUGGACUCGAGCGACUUCUUCGGCGACCAGGCAGCGUGGUCAACCCGGCCGAGUGAAGAGGGGACAACCACCGACAUCACGUCGGUUUCCAACGCUUUAUGGUCACCCGUCGAGACCGAAGACAUGACAUCCGUGGCAUCCCUAGGAGACGAAUAUUUCCUCGUCGAUGGCAAGACGAGCGGGUUCCACCCUGAUCGGGGAGAUAACCCUACCAAAGCCGAGCGGAGGCUUGCUAGCGAUGGCAGCCUAUAUAGUGACCCUAGCCUCGAGCGCAAUCCAUCGGUUCGAACGCAGGAUAUCCCCGAAGUGAUCGGGCCCUCAACCCCGAUACGCCGGCCGCCGUCAGGGCCACGGCGAAGGGAUCGAGAUGCAAGUGAUUCUACCGACGAAUAUCGGGUUACAUAUCCCAUAUUCCUGAGACGAUAUCUCUCCUAG